AUUGCCUCCCCCACUCUUCUGUAAUAACUGCUGACGGUUCAGCAUAUUCUCUCAACGCUACGAAACCGCUACGAAACCGCUGACUCUCAGGCUUGCCAAUACAAAAUGGCCUCUGAAAUGCAGAACUCGAAUCCGAUAAUCUUGAAUGCCGCUGAUCUGCCAACUCGGCUACCCAAGGCGCCGCAGAAGCCCUAUGCUUAUGGAACUGAUGUCUUCAGUUCCACACUUCAGUCGCUUGGGCAGUCGGCCGAUUCCUUCUCCCUGAAUUCACACCCAGACUCUGAAGAGGAUAAUGACAUGUCAGAUGAGCCCAUAGACGAACAAGAGAUUUUUGACCUCGUCUCAACCAUAUCUGACCCAGAACAUCCAAUUUCGCUGGGAUCACUAGCUGUUGUCUCACUUGCAGAUAUUAUGAUCAAGCCAUCUCUUCCCCAUGUACCCGGAUCCCCCUUCGCACUCCUGGCUACUGUUAUUGGUCUCGGUGUACGUGUGCGGCUUGAACAGUCACUUCCACCCAGGUUCCGUGUGGACGUGCGGAUCAAGGAGGGAACACAUAGUACCGCCGAUGAGGUUAACAAGCAACUGGGCGAUAAGGAAAGAGUGGCAGCUGCACUCGAAAACGGAACAUUGAUGGGCGUUAUCGCCAAGAUGCUGGAAACAUGCCAGUAA